CGCGCACACUACGCCAGAGCAAGAUGGCCGACGCGGCGGCCACAGCUGGGGCCGGCGGCUCUGGAACGAGAUCGGGAAGUAAACAGUCCACUAACCCUGCCGAUAACUAUCAUCUGGCCCGGAGGAGAACCCUGCAGGUGGUUGUGAGCUCCUUGCUGACAGAGGCAGGGUUUGAGAGUGCUGAGAAAGCAUCCGUGGAAACGCUGACAGAGAUGCUGCAGAGCUACAUUUCAGAAAUUGGGAGAAGUGCCAAGUCUUACUGUGAGCACACAGCCAGGACCCAGCCCACACUGUCAGAUAUCGUGGUCACACUUGUUGAGAUGGGUUUCAAUGUGGACACUCUCCCUGCCUAUGCAAAACGGUCUCAGAGGAUGGUCAUCACUGCUCCUCCGGUGACCAAUCAGCCAGUGACCCCCAAGGCUCUUACUGCAGGGCAGAACCGACCCCACCCGCCGCACAUCCCCAGCCAUUUUCCUGAGUUCCCUGAUCCCCACACCUACAUCAAAACUCCGACGUACCGUGAGCCCGUGUCAGACUACCAGGUCCUGCGGGAGAAGGCUGCAUCCCAGCGGCGUGAUGUGGAGCGGGCACUUACCCGUUUCAUGGCCAAGACAGGCGAGACUCAGAGUCUUUUCAAAGAUGACGUCAGCACAUUUCCAUUGAUUGCUGCCAGACCUUUCACCAUCCCCUACCUGACAGCUCUUCUUCCAUCUGAACUGGAGAUGCAACAGAUGGAAGAGACAGAUUCCUCGGAGCAGGAUGAACAGACAGACACGGAGAACCUUGCUCUUCAUAUCAGCAUGGAGGAUUCUGGAGCCGAGAAGGAGAACACCUCUGUCUUGCAGCAGAACCCCUCCUUGUCGGGAAGCCGGAAUGGGGAGGAGAACAUCAUCGAUAACCCUUAUCUGCGGCCCGUGAAGAAGCCCAAGAUCCGCAGGAAGAAGUCCCUCUCCUGAGCUGAGAAGGAAAACUGGCUUGUACGGGGGCGCAGAUUCCACCCUCCCAGGGAGUUAAAGCCACUCAAGGGAAGAAAAGAGGGUGACCUCCUCAUGGCCGAGCCAAGGCUGCAGGGUGUGAUCGGACAUGAUUUUCAUGGCAAACCAUCUAUUAAGAUGACCUAUUUUCACUGGAUGUUUGGGUUGAGGAAGAUAUGAACAGAAUAAUGAGAAGUUUUUUUUUUUUUUGAGAUGGAGUCUCACUCUGUCUCCCAGGCUGGAAUGCAGUGGCACGAUCUCAGCUAACUGCAGUCUCUGCCUCUCUGGUCUAAGCGAUUCUCCUGCCUCGGCCUCCCAUGGUAGCUGGGACUAGAGGCAAGCGCCACCAUGCUGGCUAAUUUUUGUAUUUUUAGUAGAGAUGGGGUUUCGCCAUGUUGGCCAGGCUGGUCUUGAACUCCUGACCUCAAGUGAUCCACUUGCCUUGGCCUCCCAAAGUGCUGAGAUUACAGGUCUGAGCUACCAUGCCCAGCUAAUUUUUGUAUUUUUAGUAGAGAUAAGGUUUAGCCAUGUUGGCCAGGCUGGUCUUGAACUCCUGACCUCAAGUGAUCCACCUGCCUUGGCCUCCCAAAGUGCUGGGAUUACAGGUGUGAGCCACCAUGCCCUGCCAGAGACUUUCUUAAUCAACCAGGCUAUGUGGUGGGGCAUAGCAGCAGCCAGUGACUUCGUUCAUUAUCACGGGAUUUGAUUCCUUUGAAACUCAGGAGACCAGGGAAAGUGACAGGAAAGAAAGGGCUCUUUGCUGCUGUGCUUAUUACAAAGAAGACUGUCCAGCGUGUUCAGGAUAUCUGGAUCCCUCUUAUUGACUCAUGAUUUGUGGCACCACUUUCUCAUCCCAGAACUUCAUUCUUAUUUCUCUCCUCAUCUGGCCUCCAAGUAUUCCAUUGAGCUGAUGGAAAGUGACUUUGUACUUCCUCAACGUGUUGGAAACAGGAGGCCACACAGCACAACUUUGAUCGGGGCGGGCAGGAGUCAUGAGUCUUGAGCACAUACGUCACUGUGAAGGAGGACGACAUGUCAGGGCUGCACCUGUCCUCCCAUCGGCAUUUGACGAAAGCUCCCUGAAGUGGGGCAGCACUCUCCUCCGGAGAGAUUUGCCAUUUAUUGCUCCUCUGAGGAAUGUGUGCUUGGGAACUGCCAAGUCUUGCCCCUUCUGGAAGAGGAUGUUUUCUCUGACAAGAGCCUAGAGCGUCGGCUGUAUUGUUCUGGGACUUGAUAGAGGAGCCAUGGGGUUUAAACACUAGGAAAGAGGGGCCGGGUGCAGUGGCUCAUGUCUGUAAUCCCAGCACUUUGGGAGGCAAAGGCAGGCGGAUCACCUGAGGUCAGGAGUUCGAGACCAGCCUGGCCAACAUAGUGAAAUUCCAUCUCUACUAAAAAUACAAAAAUUAGCUGGGUGUGGUAGCUCACGCCUGUAAUCCCAGCUACUCAGGAGGCUGAGGCAGGAGAAUCACUUGAACCUGGGAGGCGGAGGUUACAGUGAGCUGAGAUUGUGCCACUGUACUCCAGCCUGGGUGACAGAGCGAGACUCCAUUUCAAAAAAAUAAAAAAUAUAUAAAGUAAACAAUAGGAAAGGAUUUGGUGGGGUGAGGGUGCGGUGUUGAGGGCUGGGCCUCAUCUUGUAUUCUGAAAGCUGAGAAACAUGGCUGGUCAGCUGGAAGGCUGGUGGAUAGGCAGGAGUGAGCCAAGCUGAGGCGUUCUGCAAGAAGCAGGUCUGAGUCUCUCCAACCACUUUGUAUCCUGUGGGGAGAACAACUUCAUUCUUAAUGUACUCUACAAACCAGAAAACAAGUUUUUAAGGAGGAUGCUGGGCAUGCUGAUAUCUUUUCUGGUUUCCUAAGGAAGAGCUUUUAAAACCAAAUCCAAGGAAGAAAAAUGCAACGACACGUGGAAGUGAAUACUGGAUGAAUAAGCUGUUUCCCAAGUUAGAAUCCUAACAUCCAUAUUUAACUUCACUUACUCCUCUUUGGCUUCCACAGUUCAACUCCUUUUAUUUUGAGAUAGGGUCUUGCUGUGUCGACCCGGCUGGAGUGUAGUGGCGCUACCUCGACUCACUGCACCCUCCACUCCCCAGGUUCAAGCGAUUCGCAUACCUCAGCCUCCAGAGUAGCUGGGAUUACAGGUGCCUGCACCACGCCUGGCUAAUUUUGUGUGUGUGUGUAUUUUUAGUAGACAUAGGAUUUUGCUAUGUUGCCCAGGCUGGUCUUGAACUCCUGGGCUCAAGUGAUCCGCCCGCCUUGGCCUCCCAAAGUGUCAGGAUUACAGGCAUGAGCCACAGUGCCCAGCCCAUCUCUUAAUCUUCCAUUCCCUUGGUGAAUGGGAACUUGAAAAACUUGGGGACUUCACAGCAGGCUCCGUGUUCUUCUGGCCUCACUGUACUGUAAGGAAAGAGCUGCUUGUCAGGAACUGAAGACGGGACGCUAGUAAAAAAAAAAAAUCUGGAGUCCCCAACUGGACUAAAUAGGAGUUUUCCAGGUUUGUAGUAACCUGAAACUCUCCUAGAUCAAAGCAGUUAGACUGGCCUAUGUGGCCUUCUCAGGGUUUGUGAUUCAGUUCUUAGUGAUUCUUGGCCUGAUGAGUUUAUAAACACAGCCCCACAUUCAAGCCGUGGCCAAUCCCAGCUUGCUGUUCUCACUGCUCUUGGGAGGCAUCGUCCCAGUCAGUGUUUCUACAGUUUCCAUUUGUUGUUAUUAUCCAAAGUAAGCGCCUGUUGAAUGCAGUUGUGCUGAGUUACAGGUGGGAUUUGGAAAAGGGCUGCUAUUUCUGCUGUUGAGAUUUCAGAGGCUAUACUCUUUUUUUUUUUUGAGACUGCAUCUUAUUUUUUUUUUUUUUUUUUUUUUUGAGACAGCGUCUCGCUCUUAUCACCCAGACCGGAGUGCAAUGGCGUGAUCUCAGCUCACUGCAACCUCCACCUCCUGGGUUCAAGGGAUUCUCCUGCCUCAGCCCGGGAUUACAGGCGCCUACCACAACUCUUGGCUAAUUUUUUUUUUGUAUUUUUGGUGGAGAUGGGGUUUCACCAGGUUGGCCAGGGUGGUCUCGAACACCUGACCUCAGGUGAUCCACCCACCUCAGCCUCCCAGUGUGGGUAGGAUUACAGGCAUGAGCCACCGCGCCUGGCCUCAGAGGCUAUACUCUUAAAAUUUUGUUCUGAGGGGAGACAGGGAAAGGGUUAGACAACUUGAAACAUUGACCUGCCUGUUGGUUGUAUAAAAAUGCAUAAUUCUCAAUGUGUAUUUAUAAAUUUCUAUUUUUUAUAACUUUAUGGGACUUCUUAGAGGCAAAAAGUAGUAAACAUGCAGAUUAAAAAUGUUUAUGAAAAUCUCAAUAAAAAUUCAUAAUAAAAACUUUGUAAAUAAA